CUUUGUAUUGUUUUCUUUCUUACGUUCAUCUGAUUUGAUAAGUUAAUUUCCUUGUGUUUAGGGUUUUGACAAUGGCGAUCCAAGGGAGGAAGAUGACGACGACGAUAAUCGCGCUGCUUGCUUGCUUUGCCUUUCAGAUCUGCUUUUCUUCCGAAGCGAUCUUUUACGAAUCUUUUGAGGACUCUUUCGAAGGACGUUGGAUUGUGUCUGAGAAGGAUGAAUACAACGGUGUGUGGAAACUCUCAAAGAGUGAAGGACAUGAUGAUCAUGGGCUUCUUGUCAGCGAGAAAGCUAGGAAGUAUGCCAUUGUGAAAGAACUUGAUGAAGUUUUGGAGCUUAAGGACAAAACAAUUGUCCUGCAAUUUGAGGUUCGGCUCCAAAAUGGUCUCGAGUGCGGUGGUGCAUACUUGAAGUAUCUCCGAACUCAGGAUGCUGGCUGGAAAGCAAAGGAAUUUGACAACGAUUCUCCAUACUCUAUAAUGUUUGGGCCCGACAAAUGUGGAUCCACUAACAAGGUUCACUUCAUCCUCAAGCACAAGAACCCGAAGAACGGGGAGUAUGUUGAGCACCAUCUAAAGAACCCUCCAUCUGUUCCGUCUGACAAGCUCACACAUGUGUACACUGCAAUAUUGACUCCUGACAAUGAAGUUAGGAUUCUGGUAGAUGGUGAGGAGAAGAAGAAAGCAAAUUUCCUUUCAUCUGAUGAUUUUGAGCCCUCUUUGAUUCCUGUGAAGACAAUUCCUGAUCCAAAUGAUAAGAAGCCAGAGGACUGGGAUGAGCGAGCAAAGAUUCCAGACGCAGAUGCUGUGAAGCCAGAUGAUUGGGACGAGGAUGCACCAAUGGAAAUUGAAGAUGAGGAUGCUGUGAAACCUGAAGGGUGGUUGGAUGAUGAGCCAGAGGAAGUUGAUGAUCCUGAAGCAACAAAGCCAGAAGAUUGGGAUGACGAAGAGGAUGGUGAAUGGGAGGCACCAAAGAUCGAUAACCCCAAGUGUGAGACAGCUCCUGGUUGUGGUGAGUGGAAGAAGCCAAUGAAGAAGAACCCUGCUUAUAAAGGAAAGUGGCAUGCACCUCUGAUUGAUAACCCAAAUUACAAGGGCAUUUGGAAACCCCAAGAUAUUCCAAACCCUGAUUAUUUUGAGAUUGAGAAACCUGACUUUGAGCCUAUUGCUGCAAUUGGUAUUGAGAUCUGGACAAUGCAGGAUGGUAUUUUGUUUGACAAUAUCCUGAUUGAUGCCGAUGAGAAGGUAGCAGAAUCAUAUAGGCAAACUGCUUGGAAGCCGAAGUUUGACGCUGAGAAAGAGAAAGAGAAGGCUGAGGAAGCAGCCGCUGGUUCUUCGGAUGGUCUCUCUGACUUCAAGAAGAAAAUAUUUGAUGUUCUCUACAAGAUAGCUGAUUUGCCUUUCUUAAGCCCAUACCAUCCGAAGAUCAUUGAUCUCAUCGAAAAGGGAGAAAAACAACCCAACAUUACAAUCGGCAUCCUUGUUUCAAUUGUGAUUGUAAUCCUGACCGUGUUGUUCAGACUUGUUUUCGGUGGCAAAAAGCAACCGGUGAUAAACAAUUCUGCCACAACUACGGUGGCUCCCGAGUCUUCAAACAAUCAAGGAAGUGGUGAAGAGAAGGAAGAUGAGAAGGAGAAGGAAGAGGAGACGGAGAAGGAGGAUGCAGGUGCAGCAGUUCCACCCCGAAGAAGGUCUUCCAGAAGGGAAAAUUGAAAGAAAAUAGCAUUUACUGGUUCUUGAAAGUUUUGAGUUAGAGGACUGACAACUUGUGAGGUUGUAUUCUUUGCUUAGUUUCCAUUUGAGUAUUAGAACGUUUAAACUCUUUUGGAAUUGGUUGGUGGUUAUAAUUAUUUAUGUUUAUCAGACCUACGAAGGACCUCAUUUGAAAGGUUUUGAUCUCAUGUGCUUUAUUCCUAAAUCUUUUUAAAUAGAAAUAACCUUGGAUACUAUAAA